AUCAAAGAUGAAAUUGAUUCUGCGGUGAAGAUGUUAUUGUCAUUAAAAAUGAGCUACAAAGCUGCCAUGGGGGAAGAUUACAAGGCUGACUGCCCUCCAGACAACAACCCAUCCGCUGAAAGUAACAGUGGUCCAGAUGCCACAGAAGCUGGAGAAGACUUUGUGGACCCCUGGACAGUACGGACAAGUAGUGCAAAAGGCAUCGACUAUGACAAGCUCAUUGUUCAGUUCGGCAGCAGUAAAAUUGACAAGGAGCUGAUAAACCGAAUUGAGAGAGCCACGGGCCAGAGACCACACCACUUCCUGCGCAGAGGCAUCUUCUUCUCACACAGGGAUAUGAAUCAAGUCCUUGAUGCCUAUGAAAAUAAGAAGCCAUUUUAUCUGUACACGGGCAGGGGCCCCUCUUCUGAAGCAAUGCAUGUUGGUCAUCUCAUCCCAUUUAUUUUCACAAAGUGGCUGCAGGAUGUAUUCAAUGUGCCCUUGGUUGUCCAGAUGUCUGAUGAUGAGAAGUACCUGUGGAAGGACCUGACGCUGGACCAGGCAUACAGCUACACUCUGGAGAAUGCCAAGGACAUCAUCGCCUGUGGCUUUGAUGUCAACAAAACUUUCAUCUUUUCUGACCUGGAAUAUAUGGGGCAGAGCCCAGGCUUCUAUAAGAAUGUGGUGAAGAUUCAGAAGCACGUCACCUUCAACCAAGUGAAAGGAAUUUUCGGCUUCACGGACAGCGACUGCAUUGGGAAGAUCAGUUUUCCUGCGGUCCAGGCCGCUCCCUCCUUCAGCAACUCAUUCCCCCAGAUCUUCCGAGACCGGGCGGACAUCCAGUGCCUCAUCCCCUGUGCCAUUGACCAGGACCCUUACUUUAGGAUGACAAGGGACGUCGCCCCCAGGAUCAACUAUCCUAAACCAGCACUGCUGCAUUCGACCUUCUUCCCAGCCCUGCAGGGUGCCCAGACCAAGAUGAGUGCCAGCGACCCCAACUCUUCCAUCUUCCUCACUGACACUGCCAAGCAGAUCAAGACCAAGGUCAACAAGCAUGCAUUUUCCGGAGGAAGAGACACCGUGGAGGAACACAGGCAGUUUGGGGGCAAUUGUGACGUGGAUGUGUCUUUCAUGUACCUGACCUUCUUCCUGGAGGAUGACGACAAACUGGAACAGAUCAGAAAGGAUUACACCAGUGGAGCCAUGCUCACCGGCGAGCUCAAGAAGACGCUGAUAGAUGUCCUGCAGCCCCUCAUCGCUGAGCACCAGGCCCGGCGCAAGGAGGUCACCGACGAGAUGGUGAAAGAGUUCAUGACGCCCCGGCCGCUGUCCUUCCAUUUUCAGUAACACUUAUUUUCUGUUUGCAUAUCACUAUGCGUAAUUCCUCUGUGAUCCCAGCCCCACUGAAUCACACUCCCGUAGGCUUCGGUCACGCAGUAAUUGCUGGGCUGGGUCUAUGAGCCCAUGUGUGUCAUGGAUUCUGUUUGUCCCAAUGAUGUCUGUUUUUCCUGACUGUGAGCGAGCGCUGGGGGUGAUCAGGUGCUUCUGGCAUUGUGUGGUCAGAUAGAAAACCCAGCUGUGAGUCUCUCCCACCAAGAGCCCAGGCUGAAGCCCCUGUGGCCCACAAAGCCUGUUUACCUGGGAUCAGCCUAGGUUCCAGAUAGACUCCCAACAUCUACUCUGUAGAGAGAUGUGUUCUAAGCCGGAUGUGGUGGUUCGUGUCUAUAAUCCCAGCAGGAGACUGACUAGAAGAUCAAGAGUUCCAGGCCAGCCUGGGCUCCCUAAUAAAGUAUUCUAUAUAUGCAUACGUGGAACCAAAAUGUCAUUGUUGUAAAACUUAAAAGUGAAAAAUUCAUGUCAGAAAGCUUAAUAAGCAAACAGUGAGUUUCAUCUCAUGCACCCCCCAAAAAUAAAAUCAAAUAGAAUUGA